AUGACUUGUGCCCCGGCCGUAUGUUUUCCUCAAAAGAACAACACACUUCUGUACGCUUAUUCUACUGAUAUCGACUAUUACACGUUUUGGUAUGGUGCCAGGAGUAUAGUCAGUUAUGCUUCUACCUAUGCAACAACGGCAAAUGUUCGAUUCGAUACAAAACAGGAAGAGGAGAUUGAGUAUAACACGGACUGGAAUAGUUUGAAUAUUUCUAUAUAUUCUCAUCAACCGGAUCCAUCACUUGGAUAUGGAGAUAAUACUACUGGAAGCAACUUGUUCAAAAUUUUGAAGAAGUUUCUCAAUAAUGGGAAGGUGUCAUUAUGCGGAGCCCAAAUUAUUGUAUUAGUGAAACGGUAUCCAGAUGAGUCUGAUGUAUCAGACAUAAUCACCCAACUACGAGCCAAUCAUGUGUUGGUGCACAUUGGUGUCGACAGUAUCCCAUCGGGUGGUUCCAAUUCUGCGACACUAUAUGAAAUGUCAUUUCAAACCAAUGGAUACUGUGCGUUCGCCACCGGCGGUGAUCUUUUUAGUGCUUUUGGCGACAUGGCUUGGAUACUUGGUAAUCCUUACCAAUUCAUUGCUCAAAACUUUGUGGUUUCUGGAUCGGGUCGAAUCAAAAUACCGGCAUUUAAAUCUCCGAUACCACCUGGUAUUCAUGCAGAUUUUUGUUAUUUUGCAAUAACUGUUCAAAACCACACACUCGACAAUUCAUUCGUAUCUAUGAAUCACACAAUAGAGAGUACUACUGGAUAUGAUGUGAAAACAUUUCCGAGUAACGGUAUUAAUCUUCUUUGGGGAACUGCACAAACAGGUGAAUUGUUUCUAAACGGAUCCCUCUCUUACAAAUGGACAAUUGACUAUCAUUAUAAUAAUGAUGAACCACAAAUCAUAGAAUGCAGAAUGUACAGUCCUGAUUAUCACGACUUUGUACCACUGCCAGACUUCAAAUGA